AUGGAUGCUGAGAACCUCACCUCAAUCACAGAAUUCAUCUUGGUGGGACUCUCUAAUCAACGAACAACUCAACUUCUACUCUUUGUAGCAAUCCUUCUCACCUACUCACUUACAAUCAUGGGGAACCUGGUGGUCAUCCUGUUGGUUCGGUUCGACCCAUGUCUCCAAACCCCCAUGUAUUAUUUCCUCAUGCACCUCUCAAGCCUAGAGAUCUUCUACGUCACCAGCACAGAGCCCCAGAUGCUGGCUCACCUCCUGGCUGGGAAUGGAGUCAUCUCCUACACCCGCUGUGCUGCCCAGCUCUUUGACUCCUUGUCUUUGGGUGCUUCUGAAUGCUUUCUUUUGGCUGUCAUGGCCUAUGACCGUUACCUGGCCAUUUGCCAACCUUUGCUGUAUCCUGUUGUCAUGGAUAGGGGGUGUCAAAUGCAACUUGCCUCCAGUUGCUGGGUAGGAGGCUUCCUUUAUGGCACAAUAUAUGUGGGGUGCACCUUUUAUCAUACCUACUGUGGUCCCAAUCGUAUCAACCACUUCAUGUGUGAGAUGCCAUUGGUCUUAAAACUUGCCUGUGAUGAUACCCACAUCAGUCAGACAAUUGUUUUUGUACUGGCUGGGGUAGGCCUCCUAAUUUCUAUUAUUGUUGUUGUGACCUCCUACACGAUCAUUCUAUUCUCCGUGUUACAAAUGCGCUCAGUCACUGGAUUGCGCAAAGCCUUCUCCACGUGCGUUUCCCACCUCAUUGUAGUUACCAUGUUUUAUGGAACUAUCCUUUUCAUGUAUGCGAUUCCCCAUUCAGAGACUUCCUUGAACCAUGAUAAAAACAUUGCCUUGUUUUAUGUAGUAGGCACCCCUUUCCUCAACCCUAUCAUUUACACCCUGAGGAACAAGGAUGUCCAUAAAGCAGUGGCGAGAGUGCUGCGAAGAGGUGGGUUUUAA